AUGAGUAACCCAACGGGGCCAACACCAUCCUACACCUCGCCGGAUGUUCUCAAGCACAUGGAGAAAGACCUCGUCAAAGCGGGGAAGACAGAGGAGAGCAGCGUCAAGCACACCAUGAAAGAUCUGAAGUCCCUGGAGAAAUCGACGAGCAAGGCAGCCAAGUCGGCUGACAAGGCAGAGCACCAUGUGGCGAAGAACCAGGACAAGGAGCUGAAAACCGCUAAGGCGGUCAGUAAGGCCACUCACAAUCACGACGUGGCGAGGGAUAACUUGCAGAAGGCUGAUCGAGAUCUGCAGCUCAAGCAACAGCACGCGCUGAAGCUAGAGCAGGAAUUAGAAGCGAGAAAAAUUCGCGUUGAGGCAGCCGUCAAAUCCCAGGAAAUCCACAACCAAGAGCGCGAGGAGAAGCUCGCUAAUGUCAAGGCUCAACUUGCGGCGACAACAUCGACAAAGGUGUAG